UUAUUAUUCAGAUAAUUCUACAAGUAAUAAAGAUUAGAAGAUUGCUAAUAAAGAAGCAACGCAUUAAACAUGAGCGAAAGAGAAGACAACACGAUUUCGAUAGUUCGAAUGGAGAAACUUUUGACGGGCAUUACGAGCAAGAUUGAUAAACACGAUGUUCAAAAUUUGCCGUUGCUUCGGGAAAUCAUUGAUCUUACUGAACUUUUCAAAACAUUAGUUAUAUCUCGAAUGAAAAAAACUCCUGAAGUAGAACGCAUGCACAUUAUCAAUUUGCACGAUUGCCGGAAGAAAGUAGCGGAAGCUUUGUCAGAGCUUGAAGUUUUGCAGAAUAUAUCUGAAGAACAAAAUACGAAAUCCGAAAUUUUUCUGAAAGAUAUCGUUACCUGCGUAAAUGACGAGGAAGAGAUAAUGAAGAACAUAAGGGAAACAUCGGAAGUGGAGAUACCAAAAGAAAUGAAAGAAUCGAUGCAGAAGAUGCUGAUUGUAAAAGAACAACAGGAAGCACGAAAAAAGCAAUUGCAAUCUGAAAUAGAAUCGGCAGAACGUCAAUUGCACAGCAUCGUGGAAUUUAAUGCGAUAACCGAAAAGAAACUUUUCGAUGAGUGUGCGAAAAUUGAGCAAGAAUACAAAGAUCUUAUCGCUAAAUAUGAUUGCGAUAUUGGCGCGGCUCACGCUUUGAUGGAGAAAUUGUCGAAAGAUAAGGAAGUUCUUAAAACAGAAACGGAGAGUAUGGAGGCCCAGUUGGCUGUACAACGGACAUUGUACAUUCAAUAUAAAAACGAGCGAGAAAUUGCGCUGAUGAAAGUCUUUACUGAGAAACUGAAACUCUUUACACAAAAUCGAGCCGUCAGGAUUAUCCAAAGAGCAUGGAGAGCAUACUUCGAGCGAAUUUCUCUAAAAAAACGAAGAAAAGGAAGGAGAAAAUAAUUUACUUAAUCAGCUGACAUAGCUUGCGUCAGUUUUACGUGGUUUGAUCAAAAAAAUAAUGAGCUUGUCAACUUUU